GCCUUCCGUCCGUCAAACCCCGCUCUGGAUGUUUAGGAGGGCUCUAAAAAGACUUGAGAGCAGAUGGAGGUCGUACCGGCACCGGUUUGUGCCGUGGCUCGUCCUGAACCUCGGUAAGAACGAGCGGACUCUCCGCCAGGUGACCGGGCGCUCUGAGGACAAGCUGGUCCCGGAUGAGGAGGUGUCGCGGAGCUUGCUCAAACUGUUCGGGGCUCUGCUGAGGACAGACACGGCUGAGCCAGCAGUAGCAGCCCUCAGUGUGAGCCCGCAGGCAGCUCAUGAUGCCAUGUUUCAGUCAAUGGGGUUCAGUAUUGACCGGAGGCCCAGCACGCUGCCGCUCGCCGGGACCGGAGUGUUUGUCACCAGGGGGUUUGUACCCAAAGGAGCCACCGUGGCCAUGUACCCUGGCACAGUGUACCAGGCCUAUGAGCCCAUCUUCUUCCAGUCCAUCAGAAACCCAUUCGUGUUCCGGUGCAUUGACGGUGUGUUGAUUGACGGCCAUGAUAAAGGCAUCUCCAAAGUAGUGUACAAGUCAUGUAGUGGGAGGGAUCGGCUCGGUCCCUUCCUGCUGAGUGACACCAGCUGGCUCACAGCCAGUCCAAAAAACCCGCUGGCGGUGGGCCAGUACGUCAACAACUGCUCCAACAAACAGCCUGCCAACGUGUGCUACCAGGAGUACGACCUCCCCGACCAGUUUCCCCUUGAACUCCGCCAGUUUCUCCCUAAUGUCAGCUACAGCCACGACACACUCAGGCCUGUGCGCUGCGUCGUCCUGGUGUCGCUCAGAGACAUCAAGCCAGGGGAGGAACUCCUCUCCAACUACUAUACCAUAGUGCAUUAAGUCAGCCGCAGGGGCCAGACCACCGCUGCUCCUCCGGUCCAACAAUACAGACCACUGUGUAAUGUCUCAGGCAGUCUCUAAGAUGAAUGUGUUCUUGUGAUAGACAUUUGAAUGCUUACCCCAUGCUUCAAGAAUCACUAACUUUGAAAAGUUGGGUUCUCUCUCUCUCUCUCUCUCUCUCUCUCUCUCUCUCUCUCUCUCUCUCUCUCUCUCUCUCUCUCUCUCUCUCUCUCUCUUUAUCUAUCUAUAUUUAUAUCUAUAUCUAGUUUUCCAUACAUCUUCUGAUGCUCAGACUUGGACAUAUCUAUAUCUAGAGAUAUAGAUAGCCAUAUAUAGAUACAUAGAUAUAGAUAUAUAUUCACCUACGGUUGCUCAGCUGAUGAUUUAGUGAAUAUGUUUGCUUUAAAUAAUGUAAACCGCCAAGACUUUGGCCUUUGAAAGAGUCUUUGUUAAUUUCCCAUCACAAUCCCAAAUCCGUAGAGAAAAAAAGACAAAAUUUAGAGAACAAUUGAUAUGGUCGUGUUUUUUUCCCCCCUAAUGUGCAAACUGAACCAAAACCAAAAUCGUGACCCAAAAAUCGCAAUACAAAACAAGCCGUGGGUUUAAUGAAUACAUCUAUAUCUAUAUAUGUAUGUGUAAAUACAGAUCGAUAUAGAUAUGUCUGUGUGUGUGUGUGAAGUGAGAAAUUGUUAUUGUAAAGCAGAGCUCUGCUGUUGUCUAUGCAAGGACAAAGCAUUGUAUAUUGUAUUUUGUGAGCAAUAAACAAUUUUUCAACAUGA